ACCGCUUCCUGUUUACGUUUUACACAAUGACGUCAAAGGGGGAAAAAAUGGGUGAUCGAAGUGUUUCGUUUUGACACAUCAGGCAACUUAAGGAACGACUUCCUGAUGAUUUUAUAACAAAACUAUAUGCAAAUAUCCUCGGAAGCGCUACCGUCCUGAGCCGCACUGACAGGGACUCCUGUGGUUCUGGUCAUCCCACUGAGGAAGCUAGCUAGCUAGCUUUAUUCCCCACAGCUACAGGAGGGGAGCUGCUGGGAGUUGGUGUUGAGACGAAUCGGCCGCAGAGACUCCAACUAACUUCCUCAUUAAACUGAAAAGGCUGCGUCCGCCAGCAUGGAAAACAAAUAUAACCUGAAAAGUCCAGCGGUGAAGAGGCUUAUGAAAGAAGCUGCGGAACUGAGGGAUCCGACCGAGCACUACCACGCCCAGCCACUAGAGGACAACCUCUUCGAAUGGCACUUCUCUGUUCGCGGGCCUCCAGAUUCAGACUUUGACGGUGGGGUGUACCAUGGCAGGAUAGUUCUGCCCCCAGAGUACCCCAUGAAGCCUCCCAGCAUCAUCUUGCUAACACCAAAUGGGAGAUUUGAAGUCGGGAAGAAGAUUUGUUUGAGCAUCUCAGGACACCACCCAGAGACCUGGCAGCCUUCAUGGAGCAUUCGAACUGCACUGAUUGCCAUCAUUGGUUUCAUGCCUACCAAAGGUGAAGGAGCGAUCGGAUCUCUAGAUUAUACCCCAGAGGAGAGAAAGACUCUGGCCAAAAAGUCUCAGGACUUCUGCUGUGAAGCCUGUGGCUGUUCGAUGCGUUCUGCCCUCCUGCCUCUGACCUCCAACAGUAACCCUAGUGCAGAAGAUCGCCAGGCCAAAGAACUGGCUCAGCAAAUCAAUUUCAAGGCUGAGUCCGCUCCAGUAGCACAGGCUGGUACCAGUGGAGAUGAAGCUCCAGCAGUCACCCCGGCAGAGGCCUCCUCUUCUGCAGAGCUACAAGCUGAUGAGCGGCACCAAGCUGGACAGGCAGGUGCAGAGGAGCCUCAGACCCGCGAUGAACGCAGCCCCACCCGUCCACUCAGCCCCAGACAGCGCAGAGCUCAGCAGCACAGCCGGCAGCCUCCCAGAGCCGGCAGAGAGCCAGCAGCCAGCAGGGCUGCCUUCGCCCCGCCUCCUCGCCACAACGAGAGCCACGCAGGCUCCGUGGUCCUCAUCCUCGUCCUCACCCUCGCUCUGGCCGCCCUCAUCUUCCGCAGGAUCUACCUGGCUAACGAAUACAAGUUUAACUACGAUCUGUGAUGCCUCUCGCCGCUGCUGCAGCCUCUGCAGAACUUUGAGCGGUGAGGAAGCAGAGACCAAGCAGCCGCUAACACUGACUUUUAGGGCUUUUCCAGCCAACGGUCCAGGAACAGAGGGGGCUGGUUCUUCAGAACACCGUCACGCCGUCACAUAGAAAGUGUCUUCCAGUGUGCCCCCCCUGCCUCCCUCUGAUCAGCCAUGCUUUAGCAGAGGAACACUGACCCAGUGUGACAUAUUUUCUCUUUUAAUUUUAGUUUAGAACUUCUGAUUCUUGAUAUUUAGACCUGCUUUCUGAUGCAAACCUCCUGAAUCCAAACAGGGCAAUAAAAAAUGA